AUGUCCGAGACGGCCCCGCCGGGCUGGGCUUUGCCCGCUGGGACGGUGACCGCGCCACCCAUCCCUGUCCCCAGCCCUGACGGCUCCGCUCGCUCUCUUCCCCGCAGGUAUCGGGGCCUGACGCUGGUGCUGACCUUCCUCUGCUACACCAGCUACCACCUCUCCCGAAAACCCAUCAGCAUCGUCAAGAGCCAACUGCACCCCAAUUGCUCGGCGUUGGGGCCGAACCCCCGCAACAACUCCAACAGCAGCACGUGGUGCAGCUGGGCGCCCUUCGAUGGGGACAACUACAAGGAGCUUUACGGGGCGCUGGAUAACGCCUUCCUGGUGGCCUACGCCAUCGGGAUGUUUAUCAGCGGCAUUUUCGGGGAGCGCCUCCCCCUGCGCUACUACCUGUCGGGGGGGAUGGUGCUGAGCGGGCUCUUCACCGCGCUCUUCGGCCUCGGUUACUUCUGGGACAUCCACGUCCUCUGGUACUUCAUCAUCGUACAGGUCUGCAACGGGCUGGUGCAGACAACCGGCUGGCCCGCCGUCGUGGCGUGCGUCGGGAACUGGUUCGGGAAGGGCAAGAGAGGUUUGAUCAUGGGCAUCUGGAACUCGCAUACCUCCGUCGGCAACAUCUUAGGGUCGCUCAUCGCCGGCGUCUGGGUUUCCUCCGCCUGGGGCCUGUCCUUCAUCGUGCCCGGCAUCAUCAUCGGCGCCGUGGGCAUCAUCUGCUUCUUCUUCCUCGUGGAGUAUCCCGAGGACGUCGGCUGCAGCCCCCCUCUGCAUCACGAGGAUGCUGGAGGGGUGACCUCCACCGAGAAGGAUCCCGAAGCGGUCACCUCCAACGAGGGGCCGCUGAGCAUCUCGGGCCAGAGCAGCGCGGAUCGCUCCGACAGCCCCAAGGAGCCAGCCGAGGAGCCCAAAGCCAUCAGCUUCCUCGGGGCGCUCCGGAUACCCGGCGUGGUGGAGUUCUCCCUUUGCCUGCUCUUUGCCAAGCUGGUGAGCUACACCUUUCUCUACUGGCUGCCCCUCUAUAUCGUGAACGUGGCUCAUUUCGGUGCCAAGGAAGCCGGGGACCUGUCGACCCUCUUUGACGUCGGGGGCAUUUUAGGGGGGAUUUUUGCCGGCCUCAUCUCCGACUACACCGGCGGCAGAGCCACCACGUGCUGCGUGAUGCUGGUCGUCGCCGCUCCCGUGCUGUUCCUGUAUAACCACGUCGGCCAGAACGGCAUCGGCACAUCCAUAGCCAUGCUGAUCGUCUGCGGUGCUCUGGUUAACGGGCCCUACGCGCUCAUCACGACAGCGGUUUCGGCAGAUUUGGGAACGCACGAGUCUCUCAAAGGAAACGCCAAAGCCCUUUCUACCGUCACGGCCAUCAUCGACGGCACGGGAUCCAUAGGUGCCGCGCUAGGGCCGCUGCUCGCAGGGCUCAUCUCCCCCACGGGCUGGAAUAACGUCUUCUACAUGUUGAUAGCAGCCGACGUCUUGGCUUGCCUGCUCCUCGCUCGUGUGGUGGUCAAAGAGGUCCGCGGGUGGUGCGGCUGCAUAGCAAGGAAGAGAGGCUCUAGCGUGCAGCUCACAGAGUCAGUGCUGGAUGGGAAGUAG